AAUACGACUCAUGUUCUGAUUUUACCUCCAAUAGUCCAAUAGUUCAGCAAAUAGCAAUCCAGCAUUUUCGUUCAAUCGUUUGCAUUGUAAAUCAUUUUCUGCCUAAAGUCGAUCAUUCAAUCAUUGUUAUUUUAGUUAUUUGUUUUUGUAUUUUGUUCUUGAGUCUUGACAGUGCACAGUGUAUCGGAAAUAUCUGUUUUAUUACUCGAUGUUGUUUAUACCUAGUGAUUUGAACGUUCCACAGUUUCUGUAGUUAAUUAUUUCAUUUUAAUAUUUUACUUACCGUUUAACGAAUGUCAUAUGGCGUUUUAACUGUUAAAAUUUUAUUGUUCUGUUAAUCCUAAAGGAACAAUGGAUAUCCCCAACGAAUUACCCAUUAUUUAUACAACACCAGUUUUGAUUCCCGGUUUUAUUUUGAAAAUUCGAUUACAAGUUGAAAAAUACUCUAAUCUACUGAAUUAUCUUCAAAUUAAUCAUGACUCAAAAUCAAAACAUAUAGGUGUCAUACCAAAAAUAGAUUUUGAAAAGGUUGACAAUGUAAUUGGAAUCGUAGCUCGGAUUCGAAGUAUAAUUACAAUUAAUUCUGUUCAAGAUUUUGUUUUGGUUUUGGAAGGAAUAUGUCGUUUUAAACUGGAUGUGAAGAUAACUGAUGAACCAUUACAAAUUAAUAAAAUCAUAAAAAUUGAAAAUUUUAAAAACCUCCAAGGCGACGAAAAAGUAAUAAAUAAACUCAUAUCUGAAUUUAAUAAAGUGGUGAUUGACUAUUCACAAUAUGCCGAAGACAAGUUACAUGAACCUGCGAAACGAUUCUUAAAGAUUUUAUCUAAUAAACUUCCAUUGUAUCAAAUUGUUGAUUUAUGUCUAAAAGGUUUUGUUCAUUUAACUCCAGCUGAUGCCUAUGAAAUUCUUAGAGCUACAAACUUAAACGAUUUAUUAAUAUUUGUUACAAAUCGGUUAAGACAAGAAACAAUUAAAGAAAACAAAUAUACAGAUUCUGAUAAAACUGGUUUAAUUCCAGUUAUACAUUUUAAUGAGAAAAAUAAUGUUAUGUUUAACUCCAAGAUACCUGAGGUACCUGCUUCACAUGAAUUAAAACAAAUAUAUAAAGCAAUUAAAGGUUCUGGCAUGCCAAUUCCAGUACAUAAAGAGAUUAUGAAAGAAUUUAAAAGACUUAAUGAAAUGAGUACUAGCAAUCCUGAUUAUUCUGUAUUAAUAAAUUAUAUCAGUUAUGUUGCUAAUUUACCAUGGAACAAACGUACAGAGGAAACCUUAGAUCUGGAAAAAGCAAAAAAUAUGUUAAAAUUAAAUCAUUAUGGUAUGGAUAAGGUCAAAAAUAGAAUACUACAAUUUAUUGCUGUAAAAAUAUUGAACCCAGAUCGGCGAGGACCUAUUCUUUGUUUUGUUGGGCCACCUGGUGUUGGCAAAACAUCUAUUGUUAAAGCCAUUGCCAGUUCUUUAAGUCGAACUUUUAAAAGAAUAUCAUUAGGUGGAAUAAAUUGUUAUUCUGAUAUUAAAGGACACAGAAGAACAUACAUUGGGGCUAUGCCUGGUUGUAUAAUACAAGCUAUUAAUCAAUCAAAAACAAAUAAUCCUGUUAUUUUAUUGGAUGAAAUUGAUAAGAUGUAUAAAGGUUCAAAUGGUGACCCCGCUGCAGCAUUAUUAGAAGUUUUAGAUCCUGAACAAAAUAAUUCAUUUGUUGAUUCAUAUGUUAACUUGCCUUUUGAUGUCAGUCAAGUGAUGUUUAUUGCAACUGCUAAUAAUGUUUUAAAUAUACCUCGGACAUUACGUGAUCGAAUGGAAUUAAUUUAUUUAGAAGGAUACACAGAAGAUGAAAAAAUGCAAAUUGCUGAGCUUUAUUUAAUUCCCAAGAUACUUAAAGAUCAUAAUAUGGAUGAAUUACAGAUAACUAUUUGCAAUAAUACUAUAAAAGACAUUAUUCAAAAAUAUACUAGAGAAACUGGCGUAAGAGAAUUGCAGCGUAAACUUGAAGCUAUUUGUCAUUACAUUGCUGUUGAUGUUGUUGAAAAUAAUGAUAAAAAAAUUAAAAACUAUGUGAUCACACCAGAAUUAUUGUUGAAUAUUUUUGACGGUGAAUUAUAUUAUGUGAAAAACACAUUGGUAGAAGAAAGUUGUAAUAGAGUAGGUAUUGCCAUUGGAUUGGUAUGCACCCCAGUUGGUGGUCUAGUUCAAAUUAUUGAAGCAACCAAAUUGUAUUCGAAAAAUGAAAAUAAUUACCUUAUCUUAACUGGUUUAGCUGGCAAGGUUCUAAGAGAAUCAGUUAUAAUUGCACAGAAUUGGAUUCAAUCAUUUGUAAAAAAUAAUGAAGUUGGCAUAGAAAAUUUCAGCGCUCAUGUUCAUUUUCCUACUGGAGGAAUUCCAAAAGAUGGACCGUCUGCUGGGAUUACAAUCGUUUGUGCAUUAAUCUCUCUUUACUGGAAAAUACCUUUAAGGCCAAUGAUUGCAAUGACUGGUGAAAUAUCAUUGAAUGGAAAUGUAUUGCCUAUCGGUGGGGUGAGAGACAAAAUUUUAGCGGCAUACAACUCAAAUAUUAAAACUGUCAUCAUACCUGAACUUAACCUGAAAGAUUUAAAAAAAAUACCCAAAAAUAUCAGAGAGAAUUUAAAUAUUAUUCCAGUGAAAAAUGUAGAAGAAGUAUUGGAUAUUGUUGUUCCUGGAGGAUUGGCAAAACUGCAAAAUCCAUCAUUUUCAACUACAAUAGAAACAUGUAAACUUUAGUUCUAGUGUGAUAAACUAUCAUUUAUUUGUAAUUUUAAUUUUAUUCUUUCAAACAAUACUAUGUUAUACAUGAGAUACAUGUUUUAAUAUUAAUAAGUUACUUACCUAAUCAAAUAAAUGUAAUGGACCAAUUUAAAAUAUC